AGAAAAUUAAAAAUAGAGCGCUGCGGACAUUUUCGAAGCACUGCCCAAUUUCAUUUUCUCUUCCACCAUUAGAGGAGAGCCCUGAGAUCCCUAUAGCGUGUGACUGCGACUGAUUUCGAGCCCUAAAUCCAAAUCCAAUCAAAUCGAGAGCGGUGAUUCUUCGUCCUUGCUCGGUUCUUCGCCUCAAAAGGCGAAACUGUUUCUGUAAAUUCUCCGCUGGUUGGAGCUUGGCACCAUGACAUACGCAACUCAUUUCUUCAAUCACUCUAAAAAAUUAGGAAAUGCUCCCAAUUUACUGCGGUAUGAGCAUGCAAUUUGGGUCCGUUGGUUUUCUUGUGAUCCUUGUUCCUCUCUUAGUAAGGGAGAUGGUCUUUUGAAGACUCGUUCACAUAGUUAUGCAUCCAAAGAAAGGGACAGUGUUUGUAAGUCUUUCACUGGUAGUGUUCGAGGUUCAGCAAGUUCCAGUCCCUGUUAUAGGGCAAUAAAUGCUGACAUCUUAAUGAUGGGUAAAUUAAAGGGAAAUAUUUUGGCUCCAUCAAUGAAAGCGCGGACUCCAUUUGUUGGAUUGGCAGUCAAUGAAGGAAUUUUAUGUUCACAGGUACACCCAAGGAGAGGUUUUUCAUCUGAUUCAGACCUUCCCCAGCAUCAAGAAAUUGGAAUGCCUUCACUUUCACCUACAAUGACUGAGGGUAAUAUUGCAAGGUGGUUGAAGAAAGAGGGCGACAAGGUUUCUACUGGUGAAGUACUCUGUGAAGUUGAAACAGAUAAAGCAACAGUUGAGAUGGAAUGCAUGGAGGAGGGAUAUCUUGCAAAGAUAAUUCAUGGAGAUGGAGCAAAAGAAAUUAAAGUUGGUGAGGUGAUUGCUAUAACUGUUGAAGAAGAAGAGGAUAUCGCUAAAUUCAAAGACUAUCAACCUUCGAAAUCAGGCGGUGAUGCUGCUGCAGCAAAAGGACCAUCUGUUUCUACCCCGCCCAAAAAAGAGGUAGCUGAGGAGCCGGUUAGUUCACCAGAGCCUAAGGUUUCAAAGGACAGGGCAGCUACUCCAGUACAAGAUCGCGUUUUUGCCAGUCCACUUGCGAGAAAAUUGGCUGAAGAUCAUAAUGUACCUCUCUCAAACAUUAAAGGAACAGGUCCUGAUGGGCACAUAGUGAAGGCUGAUAUUGAAGAAUAUUUGGCCACUGGCGGGAAGGAAGUUUCACCAGCAGCAUCCAAGGACUCUAAAGCAGCAGCAGAAUUAGACUACACAGACCUACCUCAUUCGCAGAUACGAAAGAUUACAGCUUCUCGUUUGUUACUCUCAAAGCAAACCAUUCCCCAUUAUUAUUUAACGGUGGAUGCAUGUGUUGACAAACUUAUGGAUUUGCGGAAUCAACUUAAUUCCUUGCAAGAAGCUUCAGGGGGCAAUCGAUUAUCUGUCAAUGAUCUUGUAAUUAAGGCUGCUGCUUUGGCUCUUCGAAAAGUUCCUCAGUGCAAUAGUUCAUGGACCAAUGAUUAUAUUCGCCAGUAUAACAACGUGAAUAUUAAUGUUGCGGUGCAGACAGAUCAUGGGCUGUUUGUCCCUGUUGUCAGGGAUGCUGACAAGAAAGGCUUGUCAAAGAUUUCAGAGGAGGUCAAGCACUUGGCCAAAAAAGCCAAAGAGAACAGUUUAAAACCAGAAAAUUAUGAGGGAGGCACAUUCACCGUAUCAAAUCUAGGAGGGCCCUUUGGUGUGAAGCAAUUUUGUGCCAUUAUCAACCCCCCUCAGUCAGGGAUUCUUGCUGUUGGCUCUGCUGAGAGGAGGGUCAUACCUGGUUCAGGUCCUGAUCAAUUCAAUUUUGCCUCUUUCAUGUCUGUAACACUCAGCUGCGAUCAUCGUGUUAUUGAUGGCGCCAUCGGGGCAGAAUGGCUGAAAGCAUUUAAAGGCUACAUUGAGAAUCCAGAGUCGAUGUUGCUCUAAGCAAAUGUUGGUGCUUCGUGGGUUUUUCCUCAUGGAACAAAGGUUGCGUGGAUUUUGGAAUAAGAGGAUCCAGGCUUUUUAACCAUAUGAAGCUUGCCGAGUAUAAACGACCGAUGCGGCAUCGUGUGCUAGCAGGCGUCAUGUUUUGAUAGUCUCAAUAAUGUUCAUACACGCUUCCCUGUUCUCCAGUUAGCAGGCUUACCACUAGAGCUGUCCUUUUAUCUGUGCAUUGUAUUUAGUUGCCCGUUAACAGUGACAUGCCCUUCUGAGUAAUUUUGAAGAAAUAAUUUUAUACCAUUGUUUGGUAGAUAAGAAUGGAAUUGAUUGAGAGAGAACUGGAAUAAAGUUUUAUUUGAAAAAAAAUUAUAAAAUUAUGAAGAUGGAAUUUAGUCUA